CUGAUAUAUAUAUAUAUAGUUUAGUAAUGGAUACGGCGCUGCAUGUACUUUGCACGGAAUGACAGACACUCCAUGCCACCGAUCGACACAUGUCCCUUUUUGUCCGAUUUGAUCAACGGAAUGAAUGAAAGGACUCCAAGGUGGGCCGGGCUUGGUCGGGCUUCCAGUACGCCCUUCCUGACAGCGCGCCCAGACCCGGACCAAAGCCUCUGGUGUUGCCUCAGUUUUAGUCACAGAUUUUGUUAUUCUCGUGUUUUUAUCCGUAUAUAAAUGUGUUUCCUCAAAGCAUCCUCCGUUCAGUAUAUAUGAAUGCAUCUGUGUAAUUACGUUGAUGUAUUUUUAUUGAACCAUUUUUUUUUUAUUAUGUAUUUGCUAAUCCUUAGUGAUGAUCACAAAGUUAAGUCAUUAAGAUGAAGUUUAGGGUAAUCAGAAUAACAAAGUUUAGAUUUAUAAACUUGGCAACAAUGUAACACUCUGAGCUGGACACAAAGUCAUAAAGCCCAGUUAUCCAGCAGACAGUAACUUCAAGGCAGACAGAUUCCUUCGUCAGUCUAAAGCCCAGGACAGAACCCAGAAAUAUGUUUGGUCGUGUUGUUGUGCCUUUACAGGGGAAGGGAACGUUUACUGCAGCCACGAAUUCGGGCAGGGCUGCCGCCAUGGCCCAACCUGGAGGUUCAGGGGGCGAGGAUGGGGAUUCCGGAGAACCAAGUCAGGACUUUACUCUCGACUUUUAUUUUCGUCAACACUGGACCGACCCUCGCUUGUCCUUCCCCGACCGCGGGGGUCUGGACGAACUCACGGUGGGGUCGGAGUAUCUGCAGAAAAUUUGGGUUCCAGACACCUUUUUUGCCAAUGAGAAGAAGUCCUAUUUUCACAUGGCAACCACCUCUAAUGAGAUGCUCAGAAUCACCAGCCAGGGCAAUGUGUUGCGGAGCAUCAGACUGACCAUCACUGCCUCCUGCCCCAUGAACCUGCAGUAUUUCCCGAUGGACCGACAACUCUGCAUCAUCGAAAUUGAAAGCUUCGGCUACAGCAUGGACCACAUUCGACUCUCAUGGCAUGCUGGAGACCGGUCGGUUGUGAUUGAAAGCGAUGUGUCCCUGCCUCAGUUCCGUGUUCUUGGUUACAACAGGAAGACGAUCAUUUCCUCGACAUCUACGGGAAACUACUCUCGGCUGCUGUGUGAGAUCAUGUUCGUUCGUUCCAUGGGUUACUACUUGAUUCAGAUCUACAUUCCUUCAUCACUCAUUGUCGUCAUCUCGUGGGUCUCCUUCUGGCUCAACCGAUCCGCUACCCCCGCCCGUGUUUCCCUGGGUGUGACUACUGUGCUGACUAUGACAACGCUAAUGUCCUCUACCAACGCCGCUUUGCCCAAGAUUUCCUACGUCAAGUCCAUCGAUGUUUACCUCGGCACCUGUUUCGUGAUGGUUUUCGCCUCACUCCUUGAGUACGCCGCAGUCGGUUACAUGGGCAAGAGGAUCCAAAUGCGCAAAAACCGAAUCCUAGCCAUCCAGAAGCUGGCAGAGCAACGCAAAACCGCUGCCCACGAUCACUCACACACGUCGCAGGACCACACUGAACACCCCCCGAAGCAGACAGAGGUCCGGUAUAAGCUUCACGAUCCGAAGACCCACACCAAAGGUGGCACCCUUGAGAACACCAUCAACGGGAGGGCAGACGAGGAAGCCCCACCUCCCAUUGCUAACUUGUUGCCACAUAAGGACAUCAACAAGGGACUCAACAAGUUGUACGGUUGCUCACCAUCUGACAUCGAUAAAUACUCCAGGAUCGUCUUUCCGGUCUGUUUUGUCUGUUUUAAUCUGAUGUACUGGAUAAUUUACCUUCACAUCUCCGACGACUCUGACGAAGAUCUCAUUCUUCACAACGCUGAGGGUUAAAAACCGAGGACUUAGAAAUAACAUCGUACAAAGAUUGACUUUUCAUUCUUCUUUGGUUCGGUCUAUGUGUUUGAUUCUGAGUUGGCCAGCGUUGAAGUUCGACUUUUUUUGGUCAUUUCGUUGUUGUACUGAACGUUUAUAAUAUGAGGAUUUUUCAUCUUACUUUUUUUGGGGGGAUAAUGAUGUUGCGUUGAUUAUACAUGGUUAAGGAUUUGGUUCAGAUCUACUCACAAUUUUUAUGUCUGCGAGACCGUCUCAGGUUAAUGAAAUUCUCACGUAACUGUAUAAUAUUAAUGCAAUGAUAAUCAUACCUUAGCAGUCCUGCACAUUAUCACUUUAUCAUUAUAGCUAAAAAGGAGAGAUAUAAUGUGGUUGAGAGAUGAUAAGAAGCAAAGGGAAAGCAAAAAGAAGAAAAAUCAAUAAGAGGACUCGAAAUCCUAAAAUAGACUAACAAAGAUAUGCAAAGCCCCCUCCCCACCGACCUUCCCCACCAUCAUCCUCUUAACACUCUAGGCCCUUCGCCCUUUCCAUAGAUCCCUGAAGCCCCUGAGAAUAACACCCUCAACAACCUUGCCUCACCCUAUAAUUCCCCCUCCUUCCUUCUCCCCCUCCCCCGCACAAAAAAUAACAAAAAACAAAAAAUAAAAAAGCAUUCCGCCUCUCAACCUAGUACCUUGAGUUCACUUGGAGAGAGUAACAUCUCCCGUUGCCACGCUUACUUCUGCUUCCUUCCACAUCUGAGAAAUCAAGGUCCAAGGUUCAGAUCAAGGUGGAGUGAUCUUCAAGGGUUUUUAUAAAAGACCGACGCUCGGAGGGCAUCUUCAGAGAUAGAGACCAAAAGGUUGAGUAAUCCGCGAGAUUCAAGAUCGAAGGUGGAGUGAUAGAGAUAGGUAGUCGAACUCCAGGCAACCUCGAGAGUGGUCAGAAAACAAUCAGUGUGACGUGGAGAGAAUCGGAUGGAAUAAAAAAAUAAUAAAUCAGCCCACUCGAAGUAAACCUUGUACUUUAUUAUGAGUUAUACAUAUAUAUAUAAUCAAGUUGUAGCGACCUUUUCAGGGUUUAGAUGAAUUGUAUAAAAAAAAUAAAAUCACAGGGGUUUCUCAUCUCACCACUUAAGAGACCUUCGAAAAAGAUAUCUCCUCGCUUCAAACUCGGCGACUCGGAGGUCUUAUAAAACCCUAUGCUAUGAAAAAAGAUGUAUAUCUCUCUGCGGGAAUCCCACAAUGCAAAAAUACAUAUAUACAUAUAUAUAUAUAUACAUUGCAGGGACCGAGCAUUGCCGAUAAGGUCCUUUUUUAUCAUCAUGAACCCGGGAUAUAGCAGAUCAGACAAUUCCUACUAGUUUAUAUGGAUGAUCAACAUAGUUUAUAUAAAUUCUCUGGUUAUCAUAACAUACUUCUGAUUUACAAGAACUAGGCUAAAUGCUUUCCUCUACACAUCAUUAAAGCUUUUCUGUACAAACGCUAAUGCUCACCUCAUGGAGAUUAAGACUGCGUCCUUCAUCCCAUUGGCCUCGGGGGCCGUGCGGCGCUAUGACGUCACAGCGGCAGGACGAUGUCAAAGCAAUGAUGUGACUUCACGGUAUUGUUGUGACGUUACGGUGGUAGGAUGACGUCAGGGCAAUGAUGUAACGUCAGAGUAUUGCUUGUGACGUCAUGGCAUGAUGACUUACAUACGUAAAGAAUGGUUGUAGUCCCAGAGCCCGUCACAACACCAUUGUGACGCGACAGUGGUAGGGUUGAUGCCACAGUCGUGAAGUGACGCGGCUCUCCGUAACAGUUGUGACGCGGCCGCACGACACGGCCCGAGACCAGACCGGAAGAAGAGCGCAGCCUUGAUGUUUUACGCCACACACGUGUGAAAUGUCUUUCAUGAGUAUUCCUCACGCAUGGUGACGUGUGCGAUGCGGCUUCGGCCUGUGGGUCGGAGCCGCUGUGUGUCUGAGUACGUGUAGCCAUUCAUAUGUAUUCCCACGGUGGUUUUCUGUUGUAGGCCCAAAGAGAAUUCUUUGUAAAUUCUCUUUGAUGUGAUAAGUAGAUUUCUGAGUUUCAGUGAAAAAAAGAUGUCAGGAUAUUAAAUGUAUGAAGUUAUUAAUAUCAGUAAUGAAUAUAUUCAUUCAUUACAAGAGAGCUGCUAAUACUGAGAAUAUGUAUAAUAUAUAUAAAUAUAAAUAUAUGACUUUUGUACGAUUUCAUGAAGUCAUUGCUAACAGUACCGACGUCUAGGAGAAGAAGUAGGGGUGACGACCUCUGCCGUAUGAAGUGCUUCUUGUGAUAUAAUAACUAAGGCCGGAAUGGACCUCUAGUGUUGUGUGGCCCCCCCGGCGCGGCACACCAUGUGGACUGCAUCACCGCAGCUUGGCUUACCCCGUGCAAGCAUAUCCAUGGCCAAGGUGGACUGAAGCCCUCGACUGGUAAACCGAGGCCCGUCUUGUGAUAUAAGUUUACUCUGCCUGAGGACACUGAGUGUACAGAGUUGUCAAGUGUCGUGGGAGAACCUGUGCCUCACGGCGGCGACGCCCAGCUGGAGCCAAACAUCAUGUGGGCCUCCCUCGGCGCAUGCGCACACGCCAAGUUUACGCUGAAAAGCAUGUCGCCCUAGGUUAUAACCACGUUGUGUAUAAUCACCCUUUCUGGUGCUCUUGGUAUUGCUAAUGAAUCCCUCACACCUGGAGUACUGUUCGUUCCGCCUUACUUGAAUUUUGUACAAUCUGUGAGACAGUAGCAGAGACCGGCCGCAACAAGCCUCGACACCAGCGUCACGUGGGUGAUCAUCCACAACGUAAACAGUUUGUGUGUAAGAAGCCUCAUGCCUAUAUGUUCAUCGCUUUGUACCGCUUGAAGAUAUAUAGCAUAUGCUAAUGGUAAUAACUAGAGUACUUUGCGUUACUGGUCAAUAAGUAACUCAAUAACUUGGCGCGGAAAGUUCGGGAUAUACGCGGUCACUUUUUCUCUACAUGUAACUUCGCUGCCUGACGCUGACUCGACGCAAACUAGGCCAUCAGGAUAUACUUCUGUCGCUGCUUAUGCUGGCAGGUAUGCUUUUCCGUUUUACAUUUUGUGAUCAAAAACAUUAAAAUGUAAACCUAUCUUGUUUAGACAUUUUUGUAAGGAUUCCCAUGGAUUAAACAUAGAUAUAAAAGUGUGUAUAUGUACAUAUGAAAAAUUUUACAGUUGUUACAUAAAUACAGUUGCUCACCCAAAGAUAGGUCAAUAGAAUCCAAUUGGUGUGAUCAAGGCUGAAGCAGAUUUUCAGCAGAUUCAGGAAUUUUCCAAGAAUUUAUUUUUAUCAAAUAAGCCUAAUUUGUACUAGAUAUCAGUGUCAGCGCUCCUGAAAUGUACAUAGCUUAUAGAGUAACAGAUAAGGGUAGAAUUUAUUUACUGCAUGGUUCUAUUAUGUUUUCGUGUUCAUGUCUAGCAAUAUCUUGUUAGACUAUAAAUGUUCAUUAAUACAAAAAAAUGUUUGAGUAUGGAAGCUGAAAUAACCUUUAUUCCAUGAAGUCUGUGAGGGACUUUAAACUCAUAGCAUUUUGUGCAUUCGGUUUCGUUGACUUCUUCGUGGUCAAAAGUUCUUGAUUUUCUUCACCUCUGUCAACCAUCUGUGGCCCCUUCGAUCAGAGCCUCACUUGCUGUCUCAACUGUCCCCUCCUCCUCUUCCUUGCGAGUAAUGUGUUUGUUUUAUCGCAAGCAUGUUUUUUUAUUUCUUUUCUCGUUUAUCCUUCCAUUCUUCGACCUCAUUCUGUGCUUCAUUCACGUCCUUUACGCCUUGCUCGUUGUGUCAUCUGUUAUCUUAUUUUCGUUAUUCCUCCGAAUUUAUCAUUGCGACCUUCCAAAAUUUCCUUCGUCUCAAUUUUAAUCAUGGCUGUUUUUUUCCAUUUUAAUUUCCUAUUAUCGGCUACUUAUCUGCCUUGUUCCUUUCUUACUUCCUUCUCCCCCUUCUCUUUUUCCUUCUCCACUUCCUCCAUUCACUCAUCCUCCCUCCCUCGCCGUCUCCUUCUUGCGCUUGGGUGUUCCGUUUCCUUAAAGUGGUAUGAAGUAGGAAAUUAAGUUCUAGUCAAAUCAUCAACGUUAACCACUCAUCUCUCACCAUGAAUGCCCGUGCACUUUACCGGUUUCAUGAAUAGGGUUUUUGAAUAAUCGAUAUUUAUUAUUAAACAGACCUGCAAUCAUGAUCUGAGUGUUUACAUAGAUUUUAUGGACGUUAUGAAUAGAAAGGUGAAAUAUUUAGAUAAAACGCGAUUGUUUUAACACAGGACCUUCCUAUGUUUCUCUGUUGGUAGAUGUUGGAUGCCGUAGUCUGUGGAAAUGCGGAGCAAAAAUCCCUACAUUCUUGUAUAAAUAAAUCAUAUAUAUAUACAUAUAUAUAUAUAUAUAUAUAUAUAUAUAUAUAUAUAUAUAUAUAUAUAGGCUUAAAUGUUUCUAGGCAAGUGGUCGGGAUUUAUAUACAUAUAUAUAAAUAUCAGAACUUGGGAUAAUACUAUUUUUAUUUAGAUCGUAUGACGGGAUCACCGCACGCAAUUUCACUGGUAUCAAUAAUUCAACUCAUGUUUCCGAAUAGUAGAUUUAUUACUCGCGGUAAAAUUAGAAUGUGUUAACAUGGCGAUAAUUUCCCCCAGCGUGAGGAAGUAGCAAUCUAUGUUUACGAGAAGAUCUGGCUGGGAGUCCGCCUGAUCUUUUCAGCGUUUAUAUAAUGUAGCUUAUUUGGACGUGUUUCAUAUUGUUUCGAUAUAUUCUCGGUUUUACGGGACGGUGUUAACGGUCUUGUGUUUUGAGCCUCCCUCUGAAUGACCGAAGAUAUAUAAAUGUAUGGAUAUAUAAACUUAUACAUAUAUACAUACAUGCAUGUAUAUAUAUGUAUAUAUAUGUAUGUAUAUAUAUAUAUAUAUAUAUAUAUAUAUAUAUGCGUGUGUAUGUAUAUAUAUUCAUAGAUAUAUAUGUACAGUAUGUCACGUAAGUACGGGUUCCAUCUACCCUACAUACCCUAACCUGUACUACCACACAUGCAGACAUUGUAGCCGUGUUCCCCAUCGCUCAAAAGACUGAUCAUCACCAGCACCAGAUGUACCUUGUGUUCCUUCCUCGGUGUCAUGUACUUCCGCCUCUUCCUCCCGUCACGUGCUAAAUGUCCCCCACCCCCCGCCCCUUGCCCUCUUACCCUAUGCUACGCGUUCAUCUACUUCUACUUCCCUUCUUUCUCUCUCUUCUUCUUAUGCCGUCUCUCAGCGUCGAUCCACCCUGUUAUACCUUUCUUGAUUUCCCUCGCUGGUCUUCAGGCUUCUUCAGCGACUUAUUUCCGGACAAGUACCGCGAUACUCGAGCGUCUUCUUGAAGGAGACUGGAGGAUAUCGUCACGGGGAUCCUUGGCUUCUGUUUCUCCUGUCCUUCCCCUUCAUGGCACUGUCGCUCUGUCGGAGCUUUGUCCUUAUAGGAGCAGUUUCUCACGCCAGUAUCCCUAGUCAAGUCGUCUUCACUGUUGUUGUCAUAGCUACUUUCUUUGGUCACUCACUAGUCCAUUUUAUUGUGAUUGUUUGGGUUUCAUUAGGAACGGUUUGAUUGUCAGUGUUAUUAUUAUCAAUUAUGUUAUCAAUAUUUGUACAGUUUAUCUGGUUAUUAUCAACGGCAUUUUAUUUAUCAAUGUUAUUAUUACUGCAAACUAUGUAUUUUUAAUGAUUUCUAACAUUAACAUUAUUACUACUACUAUUUAUAUUACUGUAUUAUUAGGUUCAUUAUUACUGUUAAUAAUAAUGGAUUGUUUCAUCGCCAUUGUCAUUCUCAUCAUCAUCAAUAUUAUUACUGUCAUCUCGAGGUAUUACUUACACGUCAUAGCUGCCUUCUAAACACCAGUGUAUUUUGUGUUCGUUCUUAGACGUAUCACCUGUUUCCUGACACUUCCUUCUCGUUUCUGAUCUCUCACGUCACCCCACGAGUUAUCCAUCGGCAUUUACUCCUCAUAAGACUCAUUACUGUGAACCCAGACCCCAGUCUUAGUCCCCAUAAGACUUAUUACUGCCACCCCAAACCCCAGUCUUAGUGGGGCAAAACACACACAUUGCAGAUCACGAAAAUUUGGUACUCCCCAUUCACUCUUGCUUCCGCACUGUACUAAAUCAUUAACAAGGACGGCUCUCAGCAUGACAUGCGACCAUGCAUUCAUGCUUUCAGUCAUGUAAAUUUUUGAUAUCCGUACCCCCUCGAGAUCCGAUCCGCAACACAGUAUCAGUUUCGCAGCAUGUUUAUUUUGCUCAUCACAUCCCAUGCAUUCACUGAUGCCUUUCACCCUCCGUCAGUAUACACAAGUUUCCGCUCUUUCUUUUCCUACAUUUACGCCGUUUUCUGUAGCCAGUCGUGGGGUGACAGUUUUAGUGCAGGUAAAUGCGAAUCUCCCAGGUGACGCAUGCCGAAGGCUCCACAGGAGGGAAAGAAAAAAAUGCCUGUACAUGCAUGUAACGUUUUUUGUUUUUACACAUUGCUCAAGCUAGUAAGAAGGCAUAUGAUGUACACAUUAUGAAAAGCUAGUAACCUUAUGGCAGACGAUGCUAUCAAGAUAGAGUUUCUGUUUUACUCAUUAUUUGUGAAUGUUCUUAAGUCACGCCAAUUUGGAUCUUCGGUUUAUCUUUCUCACAGUUAACCGAAUAUUUAUAGUUAGAUUAUUUUGCUUAAAUAGAUAGCAGAGCUCUUUAUAGAUGUUUAUUGUGUUAAUUAUUGGAAAGUCUAAUAUGUGGAAAAUAAGGACUAUGUAGAUAAGAUAUUUAAUACUGUUUACGAAAAAAAUGUGUAAGAAAAGUAAGCAUAAUCUAUUUAAAAAAAUCAACACACCAUUUGUACAUAAGUAUAAAUAUCCAUCAUGCUCAGAUGUAGUUUAAGAACAUUUUCGCUCUUAGUUACAGUGUGUUCUUCAUCAUGUUAUUUUGGGGUAGGAAAAUAAACCACUGAACUACGUGGCUGGUGGGGUCUUGUUAGCUACUGGUCAGUUAUCUAGAGCUUUGUCCCAGUUUAUCUGUUAGAUAUGUGUCCAGUUAAAUGGGUUCUAUAAUUAGACAUGUUCUAAUCUAUGAAAUGUAAUAUGAAUAUAUAUAUACAUAGAUACAUAUAUAAAUAAAAGACAAAUCCCCCGAUGGUCCUUUUGAGGUAUAUCUAAUAACAGGGCGUUAAAAGUGUUACUAGUCCCAUUUACAACCGUUUCUAAUAGUAUCCCCUGAAAUAUCUCUGUGAAUCCCAUUUUUUAUGAUCCCUGCUAUGAGACUAGCAUCCUCAUCAUUUAGAUCCCAUAGCUGUGUAAUUCGGUGGUUUUGUGCGGGGUUCAUUCUCACUUUAAUUUGAGGUUCCUUAACCAAAAAAUAUAUAAAAGGCCCCUUUGGUCCCAAGAGAUUGUAAAAGGCUGUAUUCGCCGGGUUGACAUACACGUAUCUGAUGUUUACCUGCACAAGUUUCUAAGGCCAUGUUUAUUUUCACAAAUCAUCCGUGUGCGUUCCAAUGUUUCUGUUCCCGCCCUGGAUUUCCACGCGAAGUAGGGGCUAGUCGUCGGCGAGUCGGAGACGGGACCUCUCUGCAGUUUUGUAACAACGAAAGUGAUGAUAAAGGACUUAUUGAGUUCUUUCUUUACAUGUUCCUUACCGUCGUUUAUUUCUCUAGGAUAUUUUUUAUCGAGAGUUUGUUUUUACUAUAACGAAGAUGAGAAUAACUAUAUCCUCUUUCAUUUGCAUACUAGAUAUGGGAUUAUAUACAUACAUAUUUACUGAUAGCAUACAGAGUCAAAUCAGCACCGUCGUCCUCUAGGGCGAAGGGGAUGACGGCCGAUUUAAGUACAAAAUGAAAGAGGAUUCGUAGAUAACUAACCCUAGAGACUACCCCAAGUAAGGAUCUGACAGAACAGCAAAAUUUAUAUAUUGUCUUUGCUACCAAACACUAUAAACAUGGUGCUCUCCUGUCAUUUAGGUCGAGAAUACCCUCUCCCCCAGAUUCAAUACGAAUAAACCCCCUCCCCAGCCCCCUUACCUUUCUAAGCAAUCAGAAAUUUUGUACAGUAUGUGGUGUAGCACUAUCUUCCUCAGCACUCACCUGUUUUGUUCCAGGUUUAGCAGACAUUCAUCAAACCAGUGGUCAAGUAUGUUUUAAUAUUCAUAGCAACAGUGCUUACUUAGGGAGUGUUCGGGUCACGGAUUCUUGAUCAAAUGGAAACAUCAUUGAUUGGUUGUUGUUGUUGUUAAAGCACGCUCGCUGAUUGGUCGAGCGUCUUACGUGAAAACGCCCCCUGAUUGGUUGGGCGUCUUGGCAGAAAACGACCAGCCAAUCAAAGGGCGUUAUGACUCACAGAUCAAAGAUGAACAUUCUAUUUAUUCAGGAAUUUAUUUACUGGACACGCUCAUAUUAUGGAUAAAUUUGAUUAGGAAGUAGAAAUUUCGAUACUGCUGGUAGCGCAUAUCACAUCUGCAUCGUCUGUACUCUCUGUAAUAAAUUAAUAAACAAAACUGUAA